AUGAAAUCCACGGUGGUUGCUCGGCUCUUCCUGAUGCUGCCCUGGCUGCUCAUUGUCCUCAUAAUAGUGGAUAUCGAGCCUGGAAGACCCUCUGUCCGGAGCCCUGUAUCCCUAAACCAGCUGACCAGGAGUCCUUGGCUGGAUUGGCUCUCCAAGCAGUCCGUCCCCACUAUCUAUGCCAUUACGCCGACCGACAGUAGACUGGUGCAGAAAGCUGAGCUGACCAGACUGGCCAAUUUUUACCGCCAGCUGUCCCACUUCCACUAGGUGUUGGUGGAGGACUCCGCUUUCCGGAGCCACUUGGUCACCGAGCUGCUGGCCCACUCGGGGGUACCUUACACUCAACUCCAUGUGCCAAUGCCCCGUAGGUACAACUGCCCAGGGCUGCCCCGAGCCACCGAGCAAAGGAACAAGGGAUUGCGUUGGAUCCCCCCAAACAGGUCCCUCCGCAACUCCGAGGUCGUAUUCUUUGCAGAUGAUGAUAACACCUACAGCCUCAAACUGUUCCAAGAGAUGCGAUUGACCUGUAAAGUGUCUGUGUGGCCGGUUGGAUUGGUUGGUGGAUGCCGUUAUGAAUGAUCAAUAGUGAAAGAAGGGCAUGUUGUUGGCUGGUACACAGGUUGGAGACCAGACAUUGACAUGGCAGGAUUUGCUGUGAAUCUGGAAGUUGUUCUAUCACAUCCCAAAGCUGUGUUCAAGCGGGGCAGAUCACAGCCAGGAAUCAGAUUUUCUAGGUUUUUGAACCAGAUUACAACAGUCCAAGAACCUGAGCCAAAAGCUGCUAACUGCACCAAGGUGACUGUUUGGCACACAAACCUUGUAAAUGAACCUCAACACAACCAGGAUAUAAAUCAUAUUGAAGUCUAG